UUGAACUGUGUUUCUGUUGGGAUCCACUGCAGAUGGGAAUGCAGCCGAACGUGCCCAAAGUGGCACGUGAUGCAGUCCAACUCCACCGAAGCCUUGUUGCAACUUUGGCACAUGUGCGUCAAGUCACAGGGCGCCCUGGAGUCGGUCCUGCAAUGGGAGACCUUGAGGAAGGUCAUGGCGGGCCUCCCGAUGGCCCGGCAGGAGGCCAUGAGAAGUGGAGUCGACAGCGGUGUGGAUCAGAUCUUACAACGCCACUUUGGUGCUGCGCGCCACGAGCAACACGACGUGAACUUCACGCUCUUUUGGCGAGGGAUGGAGGCGAUCCUGCAAAGUGCUGGUGUCUUCAACAACACUGGUUUCGAGGACGAGAUCCUCCAGGUCAUCGCCAGCCUUCGCCACUUCCGCGACCUGCUGCCCCAGCUGGGACCCCGCGGCUCGGGCGCACGAGUGGGACAGCUGCGACAACUCUAUGGCCGGCUGCAACAGGCGGCGCAGACAGAGGUUGUGGCAGAGUAUUGGGCGAGCAAGCUAUUGGACUUGCCAGAAGAGAACGACACGGUCGUGUCGGCUGACGAGAUUGCUUUUGCCCUACUGAAGUGGCUGGAAGAGCUCUUGGGAUGUGACGCCUCCGAGGAAGAGUUGGAUGAUGAGCCUGAACAAGAGCAGCAGCCCGAGGUGGCGCGCUUGCGGCACCUCACUAUGCCGGAAGAGGCGAGCUUCGCAGGCUGGUCCUGGCUCGGCCACAGCGUUGAUCCAGAGGUCGUGAGCUUCCGGCAGCGGAUGGUCAGGGCCUUGCCGAGCAACGACCCAGACCAUGUGCUGCUGCACUUCUAUCGGGCGGUACGGGAUGCCUUAGAUGUUGCUGACACGCCCCAAGGAAGUCCCAGUCGAGCUCGACUUCGAGUGACCCGGGCGUCGCUGCGGAGCGGCGUGGCGCUCCUCGAGCGCGUGGCCUUGCGAGAGGUGCGUGGCGCCUUUCGCCAAAUGCAGAGGAGCACGAGACGAUUGCCUAGUACGAGCAACUCCACGUUAUCCUCGGCGCGGCCCAGUACGCCUCGUUCUGAGGCGUGUGGCAUCGUCGCCGGGCUGGUGUGUAGCCAAGCGCUGGCUGCUCAGGUGCUGGACCGGCGUGCCAAUCUGGCCCCACGUGCCUUCUACAUGGCGUGGCUGUUGGAAAGAGCCAGGCGCCAGUGCCUGCUGAGUGUACUGAGCACCUGGCGCGCCAAGCAGCAGAGCACGUGGAGAGAGUCGCGGAGCGCUGCCCAGGGAUCCUCGCCCACACGAAGAGUGGGCCGAGCGCAGUCCUCUGAGGGGCAGCUGCUUCUCACCAUCACUUUUGCCUUUUCGCCGGUGGACGGGACAUCCACGCAGACCACUGGAUCCUCACCACGUCGCGUCCUCCGGUCCAAGACCCCCACGAAGACAGCGAUCGUGUGAGCUGUGUGGCACCGGUUUCUUGCGCGGCGACCGAAGAAAGAAAGUGCGGCAGAAUCUGUUGGAUUGUCAAACUGCUGCAGGAAAAAAUUAACCAGCAGGGGUUUUGUCCAACAAGAUUCUCCAACUUUGA